UCCCUGCAUGACUGUUAUAUUGUCCAGUUUAUGACGGAAAAGUCAACUGUAUGAGCAUUUUGGACUUUGUGUUGCUGUUAAACUGCAUUGAAUUAAUCACCUAAGUGUACAUACAAUGCUACUAACCACAGCCUCCAAAAUGAAAACAAACUUGAAGCUCUCUCAGUUAUUUUAAACAAAUGUUUAAUACCAUAACCUUCAUGCAGAUAAGAUUUAGUGCAGGGCUGUCAAAUUAGAAGAGAUUUGAAUAGAUAAUAGUUUUCAUCAGUGUACCUAAUGGACUGGCAAGUGAGUGUAUAUAAGCAGCAUUUCAGCGGUCAAUUUCAAUUAAUUUUGAUACAUUUAGAUACUUAAAGUUAAAUAAUGUAUCAGGUAUCAACUACGUUUUGCUUAUACAUAUCUAUAUAUAUUAAGAAACAUCUAAUAGAUCUAAUAGAUGCAGUAAUUCACCAGCGCCACGGCGAGACUAGUGGUUCAAAAGGGUAUAUAUAUAUAUAUAAAAGUAGCUUCAAACUGUAAUGUCCAGUAUAUUCUGUAUUACGGCAAGAAAAAAGAAGAAGUAAACUGGUGGGUGUGGUAACAGUAUGUAAGUACAGUCUGUGUAUUGAAUGUGGGAGGGGUGCUAUCAAGUAACAUACAGUAGGCGUAAAUUAGUUUAGACAGGAAACUCGACAGCAGCAGAAGUUAUUAAGUGAGAAAACUAUCAAAAGGCAUGAAUCAUACAGUGGCCCUCCUGUCCAUGGGUUUGAACAUUCAAUCAAGUGUUUUCUCUUAUUUUUUUUAAUAUGUUUCAUAAUUUAAAGUCACAAUCAUUUGAUGAAAAUGCUAUCCAAAGUUCAAAUGCCAGUCACAUCUCAGCAUCAGCUGUUCAGAGGAGCCUGCAUGAAUCGGGACUUUACACUUGAAAUACUGCAAAGAAACGCAGUGGAUGACUCCAAAUGGGAUAUUUGUCCUUCCAGCUGUGUUUGUGAGAACGCGUGGCACACCACCAUCCCAUCUGGUUUGUGUUUAAUAGGACCACCAUUUUGUGGCUGGACAGGACAACAGUAGCACAAAACAAACUUUCAGGCUCCAUAAGGGCUGUUUGAGCAUGGAGGAGCGUGAUGCUGCGCAUUAGUGCACUUUUUAAAGGCCAGAUUCUCCAGACACGGAGUGCAGGAAGCAAUACUGUGGGCUUUUUAUGAGUUGGUAGUGGCAGCAUCUCAGCGGCAGACAAAAAGAGCCUGAACAGACUGGAGAAGAAGGCUGGCUCUGUUCUGGGCUGCCCUCUUGAGCCUGAGGAGGUGGUGGGUGAUCGGAGGAUGAUAGCAAAGCUGUCAUCCCUGAUGGAAAACCGCUCCCGCCCCCUUCAUAGCACCGUAAGAGCAGUGGGCAGCGCCUUCAGCAGUCAACUGCUCCACCCGCGCUGUGCGCAGGAGCGUUACCGUAGGCCCUUCCUUCCUGCUGUUGUGAGGCUGUAAACAAACAUGUACAACAUCUAUUGCAUUUAGUUUUCUAGUGUGCUGUCCUUUAAACAGUAUGCUGCUGCAACACUGCCCAUUUUCCUACUGUGGGAUAAGGACCGUCUUAUUUUAUCUCAUCUUAUACACCACUGUUUAGGAUGCUUGCCAUAAAAGACGCUGAUAGCACUGCUUUGUUGUAGUUAUUCAGUCAUUUUCUUUUAUUUCAUAUCCUGAUCAGCCUUUGUGCAGAUGUUCAGCCUUUAAAUGCUACAUUACCUGUGAGGUGGAUGCUGUAACGCUGCAAUUUCCCUUUGUCCUCAGUGAGGUAACUGUAAAAUGUGUCUUUGUCAAGAAAAUGUCAACUGAGUACAGUGAGUUUGUCUCCUCAGAGAGGAUACCCCUGAAUUUGAUUGAUGGAUUUUGACAUUUACAUCUACAUUUAAGUAGGAGAACAGCUCAUCUGUCAGGUUGGAAAUGAAAACCACUUGUCAGAUGGGCAGGUGUGUCUUACCUUGGCAAAUCUAGUUCAAGAAUUUUAAGAAUUUACCACUGACGGAUGUCAUCACAGCUGCGCAUUGACAUUUGAGACUCCCGUAGUCCUCCGCCAGAGAAACCACAAAGCAAUAAGGCCUCAGGGGAGGGACUGUAAAUUGAACACAUUUCUACACAUCCGUGGUAACCCGUUCAUCCACUCCGUCCAGUUCGCUUGAGGGAGGAUUUUAGUUUCCUGCGUGGCCGAAGAUAAGAUGUGAUUUGAGCCUCGACGCCAUCGGGAAGCGCGUUUGUCAUUGGUACGUGGAUGCACAACAAUAAUAAAAACCGAUUGGGAAUGUGCGUAGGUUAAACAAUGUAACACUUAAUUUAAAGCGAGGCUCCGGAUUGUGUUUGCUGUUAAAGCCGAAUUCACAACCACCGGUAUUUGCGCAGAUUCUUCAUAGCUGUGUGUUCGACAAGUCAUACCGGUUGUCCCGACAUGAAGCCAUCUUCUCAGAAGCUGCUGCGCUUUCGCUGAACAGACGAAGGAGGAGGAAGAAGAGGAGUGGGAGGAGGACACCGGCCGGCUCACCUGCGCUGCUUUAACGAUCCCAAAUAGCACCUCCAACUGUGAAUUUUAUUCGACUGCAUGCGUUUUACGACGACGGUGGCAGAAAAUGCACCAUCAUCGGAGCUACACUGUGUCCUGGCCUGUCUUAAGUAGAGCCCGAAGAGAAGCAGCUGCAGUGAUCUUGUAGCGAGGGAGUCAGUAUUAAAAAGGAAAACUAUAUAUCUUCUCCUGGAGAGCUGUGAUUAAUCGGGAUAUAAAGAAAGGUCUAAUAGAUGCGGUAAUUCACCAGCGCCACGGCGAGACUAGUGGUUCAUAAAGGUAUAAUCACAGAGAUUUCUUUUUACCUGGGUGACUGUAUUGUGGUUUGCAAUCUCCAAAAAAGGAAGCGGAUGUGAGUGGAAAUAUGGACAUGCAGCCCUAACCGACGCCUUCACACCACGAAGAUAACUGCAGGAUCAACAGUAGUCAUGCAUAACUCUGCCCCGGAAAUCAUGGCAGGGUACCCGAGUGGAAGCUCGCUGGAUAAAGAUGUUAAUCCGGAGACAAACUUGGGGAGUGCCUACUCUCCAGUGGACUACAUGAGCAUAACCAGCUUCCCCAGGCUGCCGGAGGAUGAUGUGAUGUCUGGGGAAAACACCAUGAAAUCUCGCAAGGAUGAUGACAAUGUCCUGAGUGAGCAAGAUACAGACCCAGAUCUGUUUCUGAAGUCGGCUCGCCUCCAGCGUCUCCCCUCCUCAGCUUCAGACCUGGCUAGUCAAGAUGUUGUGUCACUGCGGGAGACUCCCUCAGACCCCUUUACAGAAGGCUGUGCCUGCCAGCGAGAUGGACUGACGGUCAUCAUCACAGCUUGUCUCACUUUUGCUACGGGGGUCACUGUGGCUCUCAUCAUGCAGAUCUACUUUGGAGACCCACAGGUGUUUAACCAAGGAGCAGUGGUGACAGAUGUGGCUCAGUGUACGUCUCUUGGGUUUGACGUUCUGGGAAAGCAGGGUUCCAGUGUGGAUGCUGCUAUUGCUGCUGCGCUCUGUUUGGGAAUUGUCCACCCUCACACCUCUGGUAUAGGAGGCGGCGGAGUUAUGUUGGUGCACAACAUCCGUAAGAACGAGACGAGGGUCAUCGACUUCAGAGAGACGGCACCGGCUGGCAUCCGUGAGGAGAUGCUUCUGACGAACCUUGAUCUCAGUCCAGGCCUGCUCGUGGGGGUGCCAGGCAUGCUCAGUGGGAUGCAUCAGGCGCACCAGCUCUAUGGCAGGAUGUCAUGGAAGGAUGUGGUUACCAUGGCAGCAGAUGUGGCCAGAGAUGGAUUUAAUGUUACUCAUGACUUGGCCGAAGCUCUGGAAAAGGUUGAGAACCAAAACAUAUCAGAUGCGUUUCGGGAUCUGUUCCUCCCCAACGGCCAGGCUCCCCUUUCUGGACUGUUCACCAGACGCCUUGAUUUAGCAGCCAUUUUGGAUGCCGUCGCCGUUAAAGGGAUAUCCGAGUUCUACAGUGGAAAACUGGCCCAGGAAAUGGCAACUGCAGUGCAAGAAAGAGGUGGAUGGCUCACAGAGGAGGACUUUGGAAACUACAGCACGGUCCUGCAAGAGCCGGCAGAGAUCACCUAUCAGGGUCACCAUGUGAUGGCCGCCCCAGCCCCUCAUGCAGGCGUUGCUUUGAUCACUGCCCUCAACAUCCUUGAAGGCUACAACAUUACAAGCCAGGUGCCCAGGAACAGCACCUACCACUGGAUAGCAGAGGCUGUGAAGAUAGCUCUUGGCCUGGCUAGUGAACUGGGGGACCCCAUGUUUGACACUGCUGUCUCAGAGCUCGUCUCCAAGAUGCUAAAUAAAUCACAGGCUUCCCUGCUCCGCCAGAUGAUCAACGACUCUCAGGCAUUCCCUGUCAACCAUUACACCACACCCUUUACCUUGGGGAACAGCGCAGUCGCUGCCCAGGUCAUGGUCAUGGGCCCAGAUGACCACAUUGUGUCGGUCAUGAGCUCACUCAACAGACCUUUCGGCAGCAGGAUAGUGACGCCUUCAGGAAUCCUUUUGAAUAGCCAGAUCCUGGACUUCUCUUGGCCUAAUAAGACACUCAACUCAUCACAUAAUCCGCAUAACAGCCUCCAGCCUGGGAAAAGACCCAUGUCCUUCCUGAUGCCCACAGCAGUGAGGCCAGCUGUGGGGUUAUGUGGCACGUAUGUAGCCGUGGGAUCUUCUAACGGAGAGAAAGCUCUCAGUGGGAUCACGCAGGUGCUGAUGAAUGUUUUGUCUUCACGUAAAAACAUGAGCGACAGUUUGGCGUACGGGAGGCUUCACCCUCAGCUAGAGCCAGACACUCUCCUGGUGGACUCUAAGUUUUUAGAUGAAGACGUGGAGCUGCUCCAGGCCAAGGGGCACAAAGUUGAGAGGAGAGAAGUUCUCUCAUUGGUGGAGGGCACCAGGCGAACUAAUGACCUCAUCAUCGGGGUGAAGGACCCCCGUAGUGCUGAUGCUUCCGCCCUUACUAUGUCCACCAUGCCUUAGUGUACCCUCACUCUCGUAGAAGGGUUAAGACUAACACUGUAUAAUGGUUAGCAAGAGAGUAAGGAGGCCACUGAUCCAACUAAUACACUCAACUAAAUGUCUCCCACGUCGUAACAGCAAACAAAAAGACAUGCAGCUUCUGUGGAGAUUAGGUUUUAGGAAUCUGAUAGGGUUCCUCUAAUAGAUGAUGUAUUUGCACGCACAGAAUAGGAUCACCAUUUCACAUGCCCAUUAUGGCUUUCCCCCCUCUCUCUCAGCCUCAAGCUAUAUUCCGUCCCACUGCACAUAUUGUUGAUAAUGUAUAUCCAUCCCCUUAAUGGCAUCAUAGUAUGCACUCUGUAAUAUGCAGAGCAAAGUGUAAGGCGUGUUUAUUAAUUAAUGUUAUGCCUUCCAGUUCCACUUAGGAAAAGGAUAAACUUAGGAGGUUUACAGGGAGUGAUUUAAAUGAGUUGACAUGGGGAAAAAGAAAAUAGAAAAUGGUAAAGGGACAUGGUCUUGAUUUCACAAUGUUGAGGGUGGUGGAUAGUUUUUGAAACCUGUGAGAUACUGAGCAGGAUGUUUAUGUUGCACUCUGAGUUUGCGAUCAGGAAAGCCUGUGGCAAAUUGAUUCCGAAUACUCCUUGCGAAUUCCUUGCAUGAAAAAAUGUGGAUCCCACACCAGGACGUCACACCAUUUACAGCACGUGCAUGGUGUACAGUUCAUUUGAGCCACCUUUCUGCUUUUAAACUCUGCAUUCCACCGUUACUCCAACACACAAGUUCAUGUAUGAUGUUUAAAAGUAAUUGGCAUUGUCACCGGAACAAGAUUGUCCUGAACUGAACACAGAGGCUAAACUAUUUACUUCCUUGCUCUUUAUAUGGCGUGCAACUGUGAUUAGACGUUGUUUGGUACAAUAUCGGAGCUUUAACUGUUGCAUUCAAUCAGUGGCACCUUGGGACCAUGUUAACACUUGACUGACACAAAAUAUGUCAUCCAUUAAUGUGAUAAGACCGUCACCUCUCAAUUGAUUUCCUACGGCAAGAUCAUUUUAUUCAGUUUAACAGGUGUAAUAUAUCAGUAAUUGUAGAUUAAGUGUAUUUUAAUGUAUAAUUUAUUAAAGUAGAGCAUGAUUUUAUUUUCAUUUUGAGUUUGUGGCUGUUAUGUUUUUUUUUGUUUGUUUUUUUUUUGUUUUUUUUUUAGAACUGGGUUUACUUGUAUUAAACAUGGAAGUAAUCGGAUUCUUUAGAAAUAGAUUGAAUGUAAUGUAUAUUUUUAUAUGGACAUUUGUUGGGCUGUAUACAUUAUUUCUACUACUGUAACAGAUUUAUUUUUGUGUCGUCUUGUGUAAUUAUAUUAUUGUAGUACAUUUGACGUAAGAAUCAAUGGCUUUCGUAAAGCACCAAAUGGUUUAAUUUAAUUUAAGAAUGGACAGUGCUGACUGAUCAAACUAAUUCUUUACAUUAUUGUCUGUUUUGUUAGGUACCAGUACAAUAUGACAGUUGAUGCUUGUCUCCUGUACUGUGGAGUACCAUGCCUUACAGGCACGUUUGCACAACACCUCAUCUUUGAUUCCAUUGUGAAGUUUUAUCUGAUUUUAAUAAAAAUCAGCACUGUUGAAAUCCAAGGAAUAAAAUGUUUGCACACAA